AUGUACAAUAAAUUUAGACCCUCUAGACAAAAGCGAUGGGAAAGUUUAGGUCGCGCUUGGAAAUAUGUAUCAGGCAGCCUGGAUGCCGACGAUCUAAAAAUUAUUAACGGUACAAUUAAUUCUCUUAUUGAUCAGAACAACAGACAAGUUAAAAUCAAUAGCAUACUGGAAACUAGAAUGAGAAAUACCACAGAAUCAAUCAAUACUUUCGUUAAAUUUCAUGAUAGAUUUCAAAAUAAAACCAUUGAAGGUUUUGAGUCAGUUAAUUUGAUAUUUCAUUUAGAUGAGUUAAUCGAUCAGUUAGGACUAAUAGAAGAAGCGAUCACACUAGCCCGACGCAAUAUCCCCAGCAGCCGCAUCAUUUCACCAGACGAGAUAACCAUAGCCCAGGAAUUCCUCAGCAACAGUGGUCUUGGAACGGGUGCAGUCGACAACAUAUUAGAUAUAUCCAGCGCCUACGUGCUGUAUGGUAAGGAAGAAAUUAUUUACACGCUCAAAAUUCCACUAGUCAAAGAUGUGGAAUAUCACUUAAAUCACAUAGAACCAGUAAUUUCCAACAACCAUCGAAUCCAUUUAACGACGAAAUCCUACGUGAAAGGACUUAAUUCCUUUUUAACCAACACUCCAUGUAAACGGCAUCGAAAUCAAUAUAUCUGCACGAAUUCACAGCUAGAACCGUUGGGAAAAUGCGUUCAACAGUUGGUUGAUGGCGAAUCAGCUCAAUGUCCUAUGGAGAAAGUAUAUGGACAAAACUUCAUAAGGCGAAUAGAUGAUGCAAACAUAUUGGUGAGUGCUAACAACGUCACCCUAACAUCAAACUGUUCAAGGCAAGUAAGAGAGCUACGAGGAUCAUACCUUAUCCUGUUCUCUGGCUGUACCAUCAAGUUGAACGACGAGGAAUACACCAACAACAACACGGACGUAUUACAAAAAACUUAUCUUCCAACGACGGGACUAACGGUAACUCCUUCAAAAAUCAUAAACAAAAUGCCUUUACAGUACUUACAGGAAAUCAAUCUGGAGCACCGGAGUCAUAUAGAGCAUCUGAAUAUGACUACGGACAACAUACACUGGCAACUACAUCUGGUUAGCUGGCUCUCAUUUGGAACAUUAUCAUACACAUUAGUUACAAAGACAGUUCUUUCAUCCUUACCAUGUAAAUCGACGCCCUUCUGGAUACCAAGACGAACCAACACGGGAACGAGGACUAACGCAGGACAACGACACACACCAUCACAUCAGGCAACCAAGAUUCAUCCCACAGGAGCCAAGGAUCGUGAAAGUCGGGGACGACUUUCCAGUAGAGGGGGAAUCGUCAGGAAAAUACUGAUAGGUGGAUUGACCAAUCAGGCAGUAAGGUUGGUUGGCGCGAAAACGUGGCGCAUAACGCCACGUAGCUCCACCAAUAGGAGACAGGUAACAUAA